CCCUGCUUGCAGGCUUCUCAAAGGCAUCUGGUUGGCCACCGUGAGAGCAAGAUCAGUGGCAAACUUUGUGUUUUGAAAUUUCAGUGCCCAGUGUGGGUGAACCAGGCCUACUCCCAUAAAUCUGCCUCUGGUUAGAUGGGCCUUGGGCCUGAUCCAGCAGGGCUUUCCUUGCAUUGUUAUAACAGUCAGACUGGAUGGGACAAUGGCAGACAUUCAGCUGCUACCACAGCCCUGUGCAUUCGGAGGGGCGGUUUGAAGUGUUAUUACUUGCAGGUGGUAAUGGUUGGGUGUAAACUGCUUACGACAGCUAUGACACCUGCUCUUCAAGAGAAAGCAAUGAAAGGGCACGGUAUCUGCUUAUCAUCUUCCUUGUCUUCAAGAGUGAUGGAGUCCAAUGAUGCAUUAGGCAUGGGAAGUACCAGACCAGUAAAAGAGAAGAUGAAAGACGGGUCUGUCACAAAAAUUACUUGCUCCAUGCUGGGGUUCCCCAUUCCUCAAGCGAACCAUAGCACUGAUUGCUUUAACUUAAAAUACUUGGGUUCUCAGUCUUCUAAACACUAUCCAGUAUUAAUGAGCCCCAGUUCUACUUUCCAUGUAAACAAUAAAAAUUGUGUGCAGAGGAACUCAGAAGAGCAUAGCUGCUCCAAAGUGAGAAAUCCGUUAUGUAACAGCACUAAUACACACUUCAGUCAAAUUAUUAAUUCAGAAUCUGGGGAGCAGGUCAGAGGGGAAACUUUAUUAGGAUCAACAAAGAACUUACCUGAAAUGGGGAAACUAUUUGAUUCAUGUUUAACUGAAUCCCGCAAUGUAGAAGAAAGGCAGCUUCCUAACUGUAAAGGGUAUCAGAAGAAUGGCUUUUUGAGCAAGGCAUUAUUUAUUAAUCCUGAGACAAAAAAAGGAGACCUGUUCCAUCAAGUGUGUGAUGAUGCCCUGGAACCAAAAAUGAACUACAAUCCCAGUACUAAAGAACAGGAAUUGAAUUUUCAUUUACUUCAGUGUGUAAGCAAGCAACAGGCUUUGCUCAGCCGGGCCAAAAGAACUCAGAAACGUUUGCAAAUACUCUUGGCGAAGCAUGUUGUCAAACACUGUGACCAGCAGAUGAAAUGCUUUGUGAGACGCCAACUACAGAGAAUGAAAGCCUUUCAUGAUCCAUCCGGUGUUUUGGGUGGCAGCUAUCAUAGAUGCACCAAUAUUAAAAUGGAAAACAGAGAGGCUAAUACAAGUAAAGAUAUACAGCGUGAUUUUGAUGUUUCAUCUGAUGAAAUCAAAGUGUUUGCUCGCUCAACAGCUGGACUCCUAUUUCAUGCGGAAGAGAGUUUGGAUUCUGAUGCCACUUGUAGCAGCUCAAGUGAAGAUGAUGAUGAGCAGAUUUCCAGAAAAGCUAUGUCAGUAUCUGACUGGAAAUGGCUGGUAGACAGAGCUAAUGUUGGCUGUCGCUGGACAUGGCUUCAAGCCCAGAUUUCAGAGCUAGAAUACAAAAUCCAGCAACUCACUGACCUUCACAGGCAGAUUCGUGCCACCAAGGGAAUGGUGAUCCUAGAAGAAUUUCCAAAUCCAAAGGACUUCUUGAAGAAGCGAACACAAUUGAUGGACCAUGAAGCUUUAUUAGACACCACAGGGAAUUCACAUGCAUCCCUUGAGAGGCAGGAUGCUUGGCCGGAACAUGAUUUCGAAAUGUCACCCAGCAGUCCAACUCUGCUUCUCCGCAACAUAGAAAAACAGAGUGCUCAACUGAGUGAAAUAAUCAGCAGUCUGAUUACUCCUCUCAAUCUGUCUCCCACAUCAUCUCCUCUUUCCUCAAAGUCCUGUAAGCAGAAAGAGUCGGCCAAUGGUAUCUCUAUAAGAGAUUCAGAGAACAAUGAGGAGAUAUCAUGCACCAGUAGUUGGUUGGUUGACCAACAACACCUGAAGAGGAGGAGGAAAGAAAAGGUGAAGUUGAGAACAUCAUCUGUUGCUGUGAUAUGCACAUCUGCUCGCACUAGACCGCUUCAGAGUUUCCAGAGGAGGAAGCUGUACAAAAUGAGCACUGCUUUCAAUUCAAACCAGCAGGCUAUGCAACUGAGAGAUGCCUUGUUUAAUACAGAAGAGGUGGUUCCAGCCUCCAUGUGGAGUACAUAUGAAUUGAGCACCAAGCCCAGGACACAAAAACAACUCAUGUUAGAAUUGGACACCUCAUUCCAUCCUGUCUUAUCAUUUCCUUCUGACACUUCUCUUCAUGUACACUUUAAGACACUGCUCAAGAAUUAUGAGGUCAAAGGUGAAUCUGCCCUUGGUUUAGAGUUAAAAAUGUCUCCAUCAAAUGAAUAUUUUCAUUAUAAAGGUCCUCCUCAACAGUGGAUCUGUGGAUUUGAAUCCAGUUUCAAACAUCAGACUGUGUCAGAAGCAUCUGAACAGCUGCUAGAGGGAAGAAAGAAAAGACAUUUAAGUGAGACAGUGAUUGGAGAAAGUAGUAAGAGAUGUGAAGCAUUUUCCUUUCAACACGCAGAACCAGAAUCCCAGAGUCCUUUUACAGGAGCAGCCAAUGGAGACAUGAUGUCUAGAUCAAGUCAUUGUAUAUCAACACAGCUCAAUUCAAGACGUAGACUGAGAAGUGAGAGCUCCUAUGAUAUAGAUAAUAUUGUUAUCCCUAUGUCACUCGUGGCACCGUCCAAGCUGGAGAAACUGCAGUAUAAAGAAAUUCUCACCCCAAGCUGGAGAACUGUUAACCUCGAGCCUUUGGGAAGCCUGCAUGAAGAAGAAGAAAAGGCAGAAGAUCUGUCAGAUGAUGCCUAUGCUUCGCGUCAUGCAAACUAUGAAGACAAAGAGAGAGCACGGUGGUCGCUGUGGCAACAGUGUCGAUGGCCCAGAAGGAACAGAACAUAUAGCAGAAGUUCUGACGGACAAGAUCCACCAUUGAAAGAAAAACAAGGCAACACUGACUUAAUAUCUGAUUUUUCUGAAAACAUUGCUGACGCUACUUCAGAAAUCCACAGUUCUCUCUGCCUUAGGGAGUCACAGUCUUCAGAAAAAAACCAAAAAACAAAGUCUGUUCUUUGGGAACGUCGGUCUUUUCCACUAAAGGUUGAAGAAGCAGGUGCUUUACUAUGCCAAGAUCAGAUAACAGAUCAGCAAGAGAAUUCAGAUGCGGCCAUCCCCAGUGACUUUGACUGUACCUCACAUGCUGCCUUCAGUUUACCAAAUAACCAGCCACAAAAGAAAAGCUCUUCCAAUGAGCUGGAAGAGUACAACCAAGUUCACUUGGGAAUUGGCAGCAUCAAAAAACAGAGGUGACAGAAAGUAAUGCGGUUCAUCAAGAAAGCUAACCAAAGUGAAAGAAUGUGUAAGUUUUGACAGGCAGGAUAAGAGCCCAAGAGAUGUAAAGAGUGAAUGCUCUUAAACUGCAACCACCUUUGCCUACACAUCUGAAAGGAAGACCUAUUUUAAAUGUACGUAUGGUUGCUGUGCAGCAGAAUAAGGUUUUUCCCCCAUAGCUAUGCAACAAUUUCAAAUGAACACAGAAAAAGCUACCCAAGAAGUUGUUUUUGUAAGUGGCAGGAGCACACAAGUCUACUGUCCUCUUAAGGAAUCUGGUUUGCCCAGUGAUACAUCAAGCACUGUAAAUGUGAUGAAUGGUUACUCAAUUCUUACUAUAGAAAGACAAAAAGCUUUGUGGAAAGAAAAAUCAAUUGAAAUAAUUGAUUUUCUGAAUUUCACAAUGGAUAUGUUUCAUUUUUGAGUGCCAGGGAAGGACUAAGAAUUAGAAAUACUAUACUUUAGCUACUUAGCAUUUUUAUUACAACUUAUUUUAAACACUUUGCCUAGCCUACAAAAACUGUUAUAUGACACCUGAGCAGAUUUCUGAGUAUCCAUUUCAUAUUUUGCAUUAGCUAAAAAACUACAACAUUUAAUUAAAUGUCAAUAAUACAAACAAGGCAAUAGCAAUGUUUUAGAUACUGAGGGAAAACCACAUUAUUUUCAUACUCAAAUUCCAGAUUGCAGUGUGUGGAAUGUUACCUGCAUCCUCCCGUGAUGCUAAGUGUUGAAAAGCAUCACAUUCAGUGAUGUUAAUGCAAUAUGACUGUAUGCUGCUGUGAAACCAAAUAGCUCUUCUGUUGAAGGUCUGUUGAAGGUUUUAAGAAAAGCCUAAUUGUUAAGCAAGCUUUUCUUCAAUGCCAUGUCCAAUUGUAGUCCCCCCCCCCCCCCCCCCGGACUGGAAGUACACUGGAUAUUGUAAAAAUGUUCAGUUGCAUUUCUACACUACAGACUGUUAAGAUUGUAGCUUACUGCAAAUUUGGUUUUUAACUUUUAAAAAUACUUUUUGUCCAAUGAAUUAAAUUUUUAAUCUUAUCUCUGACACAACUAUUUUAAAUGCAAGUUUUUAAAAUUAAAAAAUUAUUUCUGUACACUACAGUGUGAUGUUGAUAGAUUGAGAUGCUGAACAGAAAGAUGAACCAUGUACCCCUUUAGGAGCUCAGAUUUUGUAUGUAAUAUCACAAAUCAUGAUUAUGGCAUGACAUUGUUGGCUUGUCACCAGAUAUUUGUAUAAUGGAUGAUGAGCUGGCUAGUCUUUCCCUCUUCUAUCUCUUCUGAAUUUUUUCCAGGCCUGGGUAGCAGUUUGAGAGAAACUGCAGCGCCAUGACUAAAGAGUGGCAGUUCUUACUUAGUUUGCCCUUCAAAACUUUUUAAGCAAUAUGAUUACUGCAAGAAAAUUGAAAUAAUGUAUAUAGACAGCACCCUAGAGAAUAAAUUAGCCAGCUUGUCUUUACUCUUACCACACACACACACAGCCCCAACCUGAUAAGAGUAUCCUUAGAAUCUGUAUACCAUGUGUUUGAACCUGUCCUCCUGCUAGCCAACAGCAGAGUUGACUCUUCCUGGGCAUAGCAUCUGUCUCCCAAAUCUUUUCUGAUGCUUUAUUUGCAACACUGUCAUGAAAAUAGUGCACUUAGGAGCUGGCCAGAACUCUAUUCUUAAAUGUGACCAAAAUAGCACGAGUAGCAAAGGGUGUGUAUUUAAAUGAAAUAAAUUUAUUUGGUUCACUCUUAAAUCCAACUUCAUUUUCUCCCUAUAAUAAAUGGAGAGCUGAUCUGCAACCACUCUUAA